UAUAUAAAAAUAAAGAAGAAGAAAAGUAAGACAAAAAGAGAGAGAAAGAAAGAGAGAAAGAGAGUGACACACGAAUGGGGGUGGAAAAGGACGAAAGGAAGGUUCGCGUCGUACGAGACGAGAUCGCAAUGAAAGUCAAUAAACCGUGAUGAGUAACCGUGGAGAGUAGUAGCGGUCAGAGAGUGGUAUUAAUAAAUUAGUGUCUACUUGCUGCUGCUGCUGUUGCUGCUACUGCUGCUGGAAGUAGAGGAGGUGCUGGAGGAGGUGGAGGAGGAAGAAGAAGAGAAAGAGGAAGAGAAGACGAGGAGAAUACAAGUGGUAGAAGCUUCGUACGAGGUGGUGGAGGUGUUGCGCGUUGUGUGUGCGUGCGAGCGCGCGCGCGCGCGCUUAUACCCAUACGUAAAYACGGGAUCAUACGUAAAACGAUUCCUGUAAUGGUGUACGUCGGUGUGACAGAAAAAGACAAUUGACUCGUAGCUGGCAGAGUCGAACGUCGGUGCUUGUCGGGGGCCUUCUGACGUCACAUCCUGCUACUCUGCUACUACACUACUAUUACUACUAUAUACAUAUAUAUACUGUUGCUACCACAACUACUGCUGCUGCUGCUGCUGUUGCUGUUGCUGCUGUUACUGCUGCUGUGACUUUGCUCUGCUGUUGAACGACAACGAGCCGCGAUCUCAUCUGGACUACGGCGCACGAAGCGAAUGAAGAAGGAUGACCAGACGCGAGAAGAGGAUCUUCGGGAUCCUUGUCUUGCUGAACAUCCUUGGAAAGGUUCCAGCGAAUCUAACAGCCUCCUCGGAAUCGGAAUCGAUCGAGGAGACGGUAGCAAUCACUACAACGAAGAAACCAAUACCAGAGAGAUGCUUAGAAAAACAGGUUCAAGGACCUUGCAAGCAUUAUGUAUAUAAAUGGUCUUUUCAUAAAGCUGAAGGAAAAUGCAAGAUGUUCCCUUAUGGAAGUUGUUUAGGAAAUGAGAAUAGAUUCAAUUCUGAAGCUGAGUGUCUUCAUUAUUGUGUCGGUGGUCCUGAUCACACACUACCACCUUACCUGGUAACAAAAGGAGGAGUAUUUGUGACAACGAGUGUUCCAACGAGUAGUACACCACCUAUAACUACAUCAAGUACUCCAAGACCAACGUUCACACCACCCGAACCAACAAGGCCACCAGUACCAAAGGAAGAACGAGGAAAGGAAUUGACAUUCAUGGAAUCAGGAUACGAGAAGACGUUCAUGUUUGCACAAAGUAAUACGUUCAUUCAACUAGACGGCAGUGGAAUAAAAACCUUCCAAUUGAGAUUAUGCCGUGAAAUAUCAUUCAAAUUUCGAACGAAAUUGCCACACGGUUUACUCGUUUAUCACAGCGUGAAAGAUCGUCCAGAAGGUUUAGAACCUUACGCGCUUUACGUGAUAGUUGAAAAGGGUCAAUUGAAGGUAGUACAUGUGUUUGGAAAAAAUUCAACGAGUAUUACCGUUGGUGAAGGACUUAACAGAGACGAGUGGCAUAGUGUUCUGGUUAGAAUUGAUGUUCACGGAGCUAAACUAAUCGCUAGGGUCGAUGAAAAGCAAGCAGAAACUAAUUUAGAAGUUCUUGAACGUUUCGUCAAUUAUGGUGUUUCGGAGGAAUUGGCAUCCGUUGUUCUUAUAGGAGGAUUAAGUUCAGAGGAGCGUUUACAUGGAGUAAAAUAUAUCAUAGAAUCUUUUGUCGGUUGCAUCAGAGACAUGGUCCUCAGUUCCGGCAAGUCGGCAAGUGACUUGUUACCCAUUCAACCGUUGAUUGCAACAAAGCAUGAAAAUGUAAAGGAAGGUUGCAUCGACAAAUGCAGGACAAGGGAAAACCUUUGCUUUAUGGCCGACCAAUGUGUCAAUCAUUAUAACAGCUUGACAUGUGACUGUUUUGGAACGAAAUACGAAGGAGAACGUUGUGACGUCUACACUGCCACGAUUUUAACGUUGAGGGGAUCAUCGUACGUGUCAUUUCGAGUUUACGAUUGGAAAGACCGUGUUCAUUCCUCCGUUAACAGGAUAAGCUUGGCUUUCAAGACAAAGUUCGACGACUCGGCAUUAUUUUAUGCGUCUGGUGAAAUUGAUGGUACACCGCAUUACGUAGCAGCAUCCAUUUUGAACGAUUCAGUUGUCGUUGAAUUAGAUUUUGGUCAUGAUUCCAAAAUUCAUACGGAACUUGGCGAUUAUGUUACGUCAGAUCAUUGGAACAAUUUAACCAUCUUUCACAAUGGUUCAUGGGUAUACGUUAGUUUGGACGAAGAAGUUAAAGUACUCAAGAUACCUGGUGAAAAUUAUAACAUGAUUAUCGAUCCUGAAAUAUAUAUCGGUGGUGGACCAGAGCUUCAUAAGAAAAAGGGUUUAGUUUCGUAUAACAAUUUUGUAGGAUCAUUGAAAUAUGUAUUCUUUAACGACAAGUCGAUCAUCUAUGAAUUGAAACGAUCUAAUCCUAUGGUUCAUUAUAUCGGCGUGCUAGAACCGGAGUAUUACGAGGCCGACGUUGAGGUCAUUCCUAUUACGUACCCUUUCGCAGGAAGUCAUAUUUGGUGGCCUAUUGAGAAAACGGAUUCUCUUAAGUUAAACUUUGAUUUUAAAAGUUCAAAACCAAUUGCAGUUAUUGCAUCGGGAGAAGUCCAUAGUGAACAGGGACUUGGUUAUUGGGAGCUUCGCUUGGUUAACGACGAAAUACGUUUUCAAUUGAUACCUGCCCUAAUAGAAAAUAUUACAGUAUCAACUGCUGUCAAAUUUCCACCAUACAACACUUCCUGGCACGCCGUUGAAUUAAAUUAUACAAAAGGCGAGUUAAACAUUCUAGUCGAUUAUAGAAAUAAACAAACCAAGCAACUUUCUUCUAUGAUUUUUGAAUUGGAUAACAAAGUAAUCAUUGGAAGUGGCAAAAGUAAUGCUGGUCUAGUAGGUUGCAUGAGAGAUAUUCAAGUAAAUGGACAAAACAUUGAACCUAGAUACAUUAUAAAUACUGAAAGAGUUGUCGGUGAAGUAGCAUUGGAUAAUUGCCAAUUCGUUGACCCAUGUAAAAGACCAAACACUUGUGAACACGGUGGUAAAUGUUCUGUUAAAGAAGAUCGAAUUACUUGUGAUUGUACGGACACUGGUUAUAUUGGAAAAAAUUGCCAUUUUGCACAAUAUAGAAAAACCUGUGAAGAAUUAGCGUUAUUAGACAACACUCAAGAUGGUGUUUAUAGAAUUGACAUUGACGGAAAUGGAAGAUUUCCACCUGCAGUAGUAAAAUGUGAAUUUCAAUCAAUCGAAGAUUCAACCAAAACAAUCGUAGAACAUAAUUUGCCAUCUCAAGUAGACGUUAGAUCCUUUUCUCAAUUUGAUUUUUCAUAUAGUAUUACGUACAGACAAUUUACUGCAGAGAUGCUUCAAGAACUGAUCUCUCAUUCACUUUAUUGUAAACAAUAUGUAAAAUAUGAUUGUUACAAAGCACCAUUGGAACUUCAUAGUGCAACCUGGUUUCUUGGUUCAAAAGGAACAACAGUUGAUUUUAUUGGAAAUGUUAAUAGAGGCUCUUGUCCAUGUAGUGAAAACAGAACCUGUGUGGAUGAAAAUAUGAGUUGUAACUGUGAUGUGUCAUCUGGAAAUGCAGGAAAAUGGCUAUCUGAUGAAGGUUAUUACAAGACACCUGAUUCAUUAGGUAUCACUGGUAUGGUCUUCUUACAGCAAAAAGAUCUGGAAGAAGAUGCUCAAGGCCGUAUAACAUUAGGUCCAUUGGAAUGUGUUGAGACAAACACACAGAAAUAUGUUGUUACCUUUACAACUUCACAAUCCUAUAUUGAAGUACCAGGUUGGAGAAAAGGUGACAUAGCUUUUAGUUUUCGUACAACAGGAGAAAGAGCUAUCCUUCUUUAUCAACCACCAAUUAGGAGUAAUUAUCCAUCGUUCAUGGUAGCACUGACAUCAGAAUAUCGGCUAACUUUUAACUUUACUCUCAACACUGGAACCGUUCAAGAAUUGGAAAUAAAAAGUGGAAGGAAAUUGAAUAACGGAGAAUGGCAAAAGAUUUGGAUCGAUUAUAAUGAUUAUCAUGUUAGAUUUAUGAUUAAUACUGAUUAUCAAAUGGUAAAUUUGACAUCUGAAGAAGAGUUUGGUCCGUUCGAGGGUUCUAUGUUUAUCGGAGGUGCUACAGCAGAACAUUUGAAGACUUCAUCGGUCAGUGAAGGAUUAAUUGGAUGUUUCCGAGGUCUUGUUGUAAAUGGUGAAAUCUUGGAUAUCCAUAGUUAUAUGUCGGUACAUCUUUCGGAAAUUAUAAAAGAUUGUAAACCUUCUUGUCAACCUAACAAAUGUCAAAACGGUGCAAAAUGUGUCGAACAGUGGAGUAAAUUUCAAUGUGUUUGCAAGAAUAAGUGGGCUCAUUUAGGAAUUUAUUGUGAAACAAACAUUAAUAAUAAAGCUUUGACGUUUACUUCGUCGGGUGCUUUUCUGAAAAAAAAUUAUUUUGGCUCGGACGAUGAUGGUGAAAAAAUAUUAUUGAAGAGUAUGUUCGAACAUAGAAUAUUAAUUAAUCUGAGAACAUAUGAUACUCAUUCAUUGAUACUUUAUGCUAACGAUCAUUUAAAUAAUUUUAUACAUCUUUACAUUUCGAAUGGUACAAAUAUUGUUUAUCUCUUCAAUGCUGGUAAUGAAAUCAAAAAUAUUACUGUACAUCAUCCACAGGCUAACACUGGAAUAUCAAUACAAAUAGCCAUACUUCAUGAAGACAAAUCUACGAUUCUUGUUGUGAAUGAAUAUAACAAAACAUUGAAUGCAACUCCAAUACUUUUAGAUUCUUAUUCUAAUAAACCUUGGAUUAAUCCUGAAAAGGAAGUUUUAGCACCUCAAAGACCACCCGCACCACCAACAGAUUACUUUCAAAUGAAUUUGGGAGGUUUUGAUCCAGACGAUCUUUUAAGAGUAGGAAAAGAAGGUAAUCUUACUCAAGGGUAUGUAGGAUGUCUACGAGGGUUAAUGAUCGGCAAGUAUCACGUGGAUUUACCAAACUUAGCCAACGAAGCCAAUCACGAAGGUAGCAAAGGUGUCCUUCCGAAUUGUCAAAUGAAAUGUGACGCUAUGCCUUGCAAGAACAUGGGUAUAUGUACGGAAGAUUUUGGAAGGCAAGAAUCCUCUUGCAAUUGUGACUUAACAUCAUAUUUUGGUGAACACUGUGAAGAUGAGAAAGGUGCCGAUUUCAGUGGUGAUAGUGUACUUCAACGUGAAUUCGACCUAGAAGGAGAAGUGAAGCAAGUGAAAGUACAACUAGCAUUUUCAACGAACGAACUACGGCAGCGUACAACGGCAUUGUUGCUCUUGCAAACAGAAAACAAAAGAAGCUAUUAUCUACUCGUGGCCUUAACGUCGGAGGGUCAGCUGAUCUUCGAAGAGGAUGUCGAAGGCUCGGUUUAUGGUGUACGACUCAACGAUAGAAACUUCUUGAAUGGAGCUAGGCAUAGCAUUUAUUAUAUACGAGAAAAUAACACAGCGACACUAUUGGUCGAUCGCCAAGAAGUAAGCCUCUCACCAAUCCCAGCAAUCAAUACAGGCAAUCAAGGUGAUGACUAUGAUCCAGGUUCGACUGAGAUUCAACUUGGUGGACUAAAUACUACAGAUCCUCGGUUUUUGGCUUAUAAAGGAUACACCGGUUGCCUAAGCAACGUUGUUAUCUCGAUUAAUGGCGGACCUAUAAUGAAACCUUUAGAAGAGUACAUGUUAUUUACAAAACAAGGCAGUGAAACUGUCAGAGCAACCAGUCCAGGUGGUGUUAGAAGCGCACAAUGUGCAGUUUUUCAUGCACAACCUAGGGGUAUAGAAUCUCAAAGAAAUGACAGUGUUGGACGUGAUCGAGCAUGGGACGGGGAUCCCCCAGAAAGGAUUCUCUACAAAUCUCAAUAUUCUGACGCUACUAAAGAAGAACAAGGUGCAGGAACUUACGUUUUCAUAGCUCUAGUUUGUUUAUUCGUCGCUGCCGUGAUAGGAUGUAUUUAUGAAGUAUGGCGAAGUGCAAGAAAGGAUAGAAGACGUCGAAGAAGUGCAGCAGCUGUAGCUAGUAAAACACCGAGUCCUUCGGGAUCACAGAGAUGGCAACCUCAACAGUACACAGAUUCAUUGGUAACAACGACCGGUAUUAAAACUAUUGGAUUUAAAAUUACUGAUGAUGAGAAAAGGCCAAAUGGUACUCAUAUUAAAGCUACAGCUAAAGAAUACAAACCAAUACCUAAUACAGAACCUAAGGAAUUGAUGAAUGAUAAAAAAGUUCACAUAAAAGCAGACGAGGAACCAGAGAAAAAGGAGCUGCUAGGGGUAAAUACAGGCAUCGUCAAUAAACCUCCGAAACCAAACCCAUUUUCAAUGGAGGAUCUAAGAGAAGAACCAGAAUUAGAAGAAUGCGAAGAAGAAGAAGAAGAAGAUGAAAAUGACGAUAAAACUGAUUUGAUGGAAGAGGAUGAUCAAGAAGAACAAGAUGGAGAUGAUAAAGGAAACAAUGCUGCUGCUGCUACUACAGCUGAUGAAGAAGAUGAUGAUGAAGAAGAAGAAGGUGAUAACGAAGACGGCCAAGAGGACGAGGUCCUCUUGAAGUCGGUAAGAGAUACGUCACGAAGAAUGUCCUUGAUCGAUAAUCCAUCGUUAAAUGAAGAGAAGGGACUCCUUCAAACGAAUUUUUCCGUGACUGGUAUCAAUGAAAUUAAAACUGAAUGUAUACCAACAACAAAAACAAAUGUUAAUAACGUUAAUACGCAUGCUAACAAAAUUCCAAAUAGUAUUAAAAAGGAACCACCAAAAAGACCAAUGAGUUUAGAUCUUAGUGUACCUGUUGUGUUCAAAAGGCCACACGGAGGAGCUCGUUUUGAAAGAGUAACAGCAAGAUUGAUCGAUCCUCGCGAUAAUAUGUUCAAAACUUAGAUAAUUUGCACGAAAUAUCUAGGAACUGUUUAAAUAAGAAAAGAAAUAUAUAUUACGCGAUUAGAAUAUAUAAUAUAGAUGAGGAAUAUAAAUUUAAUAAGAGAAACUUCUAUAGUGCCUAGAAUAUACAUAUCGUAAAAGUUAUGAGAGAUUUAGAAUGUUUGUUCAACUGCAAUUUAGGAUGAGAUCGUGUUGAAUACAUUGAUAAACCCUUAGUGCCUCUUACUUAUUAAUACAAACAGAUAAUAUUAAUAUUAAAAUAAUAAUAAUAAUAAUGAUGAUGAUGAUGAUGAUGAUGGUGAUGAUGAUAAUGAUAAUAAUUAUUAUAUAGUAGUAAUGAUAACUUUAACAAAUUUAGGUAUAUUACGACCACAAGAUAAUUUAUGAUCAAUUUUUUGAUCUUGCUAUAACAAAUUUGUUAAGAUUUUCCAAUUUUAGAUUCGCGUUUAUAACAGCGAGAAAAAAAUAAGCAAAUUAGAAGACUUCAAAUUAGAUAAUUAACGUGAAACGAUAAUAAUAAUAAUAAUAAUUUGUCCUGUCAAUCGAUACAUACAUAUACACGUACAAACGUAAACUCGUUUAAUUUAAUGUUUAUAUGGGAAACAAAUCAUUGUACUAAUUGUCAUUAUUGUAAUUUCCAUUUCACUUAUUCAAUUCUCAUAUAAUUUGACACUUACGGCACGGAUUUGUGUGUUCACUGCCUGCUUAAACAAACAUAAUCGCACGAGAUUAUAAAAGAUAAUUAUGAAAUAUUAUUGAAUAAUUAUUAAUGUAUUAGUCAAAUUGGUUAAACUUUCGAAUUUUGUCGAUCAUUUUUUCAGCUUGAUAUUUCAUAUACAAUUUACAUUUAUGUUACACACACAUACAUAUAUACACGUGAGCCUGCAUACAUGCACACAAUGUUACGUAUGCUUGCUACGAUAAUAAAAAUGUUAUUAUCAAUGGUUUACACGUAUGUAUCUAUGUGUGUCAGGAAGAAUGAAAGUGUGCGUGUGACAAAUUAUUCAAAUUUAAUUUUCAUUCAAAUAAUUACGAAAAAAAUCAUUAUCAUUCCUAUGUGUAUGUGUGUACGUUUUAUAGGUGUUCGGUUUGUUUUUAGCAGCUUCACCACUAUUGCAGAAAAUAAUUUUGGCGUUGGUGUGCUUUUGGUGGCGAUAUUAUCGUUUGUUAUAUACGAAUCAUUCAUAUACCAUAGAUAAAUAUAUAUAAAUAAUGAUGAUUAUCGUAUAUGAAAGAGAGUUUAACAGAUACAGGAAUAAUUCAAAGAUGACACCGAUAUAAAUGAUCGCAGUUAAUUUUAUGUAACAUCAUCUUACGACGAUUUUGAUUCUAAUUUUUGUUCCCAUUUAAUUAAUUUAAUCGAAAUCGUAAUAAUAAUUUCAGCCUAGGAGUAGUUCGUCGUCUAGCACGAACGUCGAUGAAAACGUUGUCGAACCAUCAAAUACCAUUCUCGAAACCAACCAUACAAA